AUGGGGGGGCAGCCGACAAGGGACCCCAAUGGCCGAGGUGAGCGGCCACAGCCCACGUGGGCCUCGUGUCACAGCCCCAACACCAAUACCUGCCAGGACCUGGGCAACACCAUCCUGGUGCUGCUGGGCCUCGUCGUCUCUAUCAAUCUCGGCGUCAACACGGCGACCCUGGUCAGGGCAGGGCCAGCCACGGGGGCUGCACAGCUUCCCUCCCUGGGCCGCCUCUCCACCCCUCACCUCUCCCCCAUCCACAGAAGCCCUCAAGUCCUCUUCACCAGGAAGCGGCACACCUCACAGCCCUCGAGGAAGCAGAGCGCCAAGGACGUCCACUUGGAUGCCCCGUGGACCCUGUGCCCCCGAGACCUGCACCCAGCCAUCUGCUCCCACAACUGGGAUUGUCCCAAGGGCUGGGAAGCCUCCAAACUCGCCCAGGAGAUGUGGGCGCCCUGGGCCCAGGACAGCCUGGAGUCAGCUGCCCAGACCAUCUGCUCCCAGGAGACCAUAGAGGGAAGGCCCCUCAAAACUCAGAUCCACUCUGAGCUGGGCCUCGAGGCUUAUGUGUACCCUGGUCCAGACUUACCGGGAGUGAGUGGCACCCCCAGAGCCCCCAGCAACAGCAUCAGCGUCCUGGGGGUCCUAGCCCACCUGCGUCCCUCAGCGAGUUUUCUCUGUGACCCACCGGGACUGCCAGUGCAGGGGAAGUGA